UUUCUUUAGAUGAAAUUAUGGAAGUGUUUGUCUGGAAUGAUGAAGUCUACCUUUUCUCUCUAUCAUUUCACUCACAUGCUGCUAUCAUUUCACUAUCACAUCUGUGCUGUGUAGUGGGAAGCCGAGUGCAGAAGACAUAAUUGUUCAUUCCCAUUCCCACUCUUGCUCUCGCUAUGUAAGGAAGCCAUUGAAGCACCUCCCAACUCCUCAUCUUCUUCUUCAAGACUUCAACUUGGCUGCUAGUGAUACCAUGUCCUCUUCUACAUUGUUUGUCUUGGCUGUCAUUCUCCUCUUAAGCGCUCAUCCAUCGUUUGCACUAUUCCAGACAUCGUCUGGUAGGGAGCAAGAUUUAACAGAGGAAGAGGGCGCUGCUGUUUUCGUAGCGCUCACCAAUCUGCUGGAAACAUUCAAUGGAUUCGACACAUCAAACUGGUUUGACAGCGGAUUCGCCUAUGCAAACGUGCACAAAAUCAAAGACAAGCGAAUCGCCAUCAGAUAUGCACGUUGGACUGAGUUGUGCACCAUUGGCACGUGGGAGAAAGCCAGGGGAGACUUAGUGUUGAAAGAUUUCAGAACGACUGUGACAUAUCUGAGGCCUUACUUGCUGCAAGGCUACUCUUGGGCCGCCAUAUCCAAUGCCUACGCUUGGCUCGAUUACUAUCUCCUCCACAAAGACGAGGCCACCCUUCAACUGCCUUUAUUCAAUGUAAGUAAUCAUGAGUUUAGCACAGCUGAUUCAAGCAAUGGGGAAUAUCUUCCUCCUCCUCCUUCUUCUUCUGUUAUGUCAAGUGUGUCAAGAGAUUCCCCUGUUGAGAAGACUGGGUUUUUAGACUGUCCCGUCUGGCCUCUUGUAUUGCUGAGCCACAACAGUGGCAUUUGGGACGUUCUCAAAGUCGGGGAGUACUUGACAUCUGCCAACAAAAGAAUUCGAUUGACAAUGCAGAGGGACUGUAAUCUGGUGUUGAGUGAUAAGCAGAACAGUCGAGUGCUGUGGAGCAGCAAGAGUGCAGGGCAUGGGAGCAAAUGCUUUCUGCGUCUUCAGUCGGAUGGCAACUUAGUUAUAUACAAGGGUAGUGGUAAGGGUGCAGUGUGGGCUAUUAAUCAGGAUUGUGGACAAGGGGGUGUCAAGUUUAGCUUUCUGGUUAUUGAGGAUGAUGGUAAUCUGGUUUUGUAUCGCAGUAAAGAAGGCAAGCUUAAACUAAUGUGGGCUACAAAAACCAAGAUCUAAUUGCAUGUCUCUCACAGUUGGGUCUUUGGGGGUCUCCCUUUCUUUCUGUCUUGCUACCACAGUGUGUGCUCAUUUAUGUAUUCUGUCUGUAUCAAUCCUUGACUGCAAUCACAUGCAGUUCUACCUCUUGCCUAAUCUAUGACACAUAUAAAUGUUUAAUAGUUUAUAUGGAGUCUACAGUAAAUUUGUAAUUGUGUUACAAAUGUUGUAUCUGUUUUAUUGAUUCUACAGGGGUAAGGUAUGUAUGUCUCGUUUGUAGUAUAGUUUGAUGGUUCUUAUAAGAGUAUGGAAUAGUCCCAUAUUGCUAUAAACCAUUUGUAGACCUAUAUGCAGACCACUGGACAUAAUGGACUAUAAAAGAAUCUUUCUUUC